UCACAGAAUAAAACAGUUCUGUGCCAGUAAGGUGUUGUACUAUGACGGUGAGCGAAUUGGAGGUGGAUCCUUCGGCUCUGUGUUUGUCAUCUUGAUGGUGAUCUGGUGACUAAGGGACACAACAUGGUAGAUCUAGCCAAACAAGCCUUUUCUACCAAUAAUUUUGACUUGGCGGCCGAAAUCUACGAGAGGUCUAUCAAGGAAAAUGGCCCCGCUGUGGAUUUGUACCUGGGUCUGGCCGACAGUUUUGCACGCAGUGGACACUUUAGAAGAGCCUUCGAGACGUACUCUCAAGCCUUCCGACUGGGUGUAGUGUUCCCUGAGAAGUUAAAACAUUUGGUGACGUCUUUGAUAGAGACUGUGGCCCGGAAGGACAGCAGUCCGUUCCGCGGCAGAAGCUGCUCAUACAUGUUUCUCUGCACAGCUUGUCGUGGUAUCCUCAAUGAUCCCGUCACUAUCCCGUGUGGCCAUUCAUUCUGUCGAAAAUGUCUGGAGAGAGAUUUGACCAAAACUUGUCCGACGUGUGGAGCGACGCAUUAUUUUAUGAAGAUUAAUUAUAUCAAGUCGAACAUUUUACUGGCCCGUGUUGUGGAAAAGUGGUUUCAUCAACGAAAGGCUGUGAAAUUGAAAGCUGAAGCCAACGAACAAUUUGCAAAAAGGAAUUUUGAAAAAGCUAUACACCUUUAUUCACAGGCCCUACAUUUAGCUCCACAUGAUCAUCUACUAGCCAGCAAUAGAUCACAUGCCUAUGCAUCUAUAUAUAAAUUCAAGCAGGCAUUAGCUGAUGCAGAUUUAGUGAUAUCCUUACGACCAGAUUGGCCAAAGGGAUAUUUCCGUAAAGGUUGUGCAUUAUUCGGUCUUGCCGACUACGAAGGUUGUGUUGUUGCUCUACUUCAGUGCUUGGCAUUGGAUUCUGAGGUCACCUCUGCUAAAAACUAUUUAUCUAAGGCUCUACAUAAGAUCCUGUCUCCUCUACCUCCGGAUGAUGUGAAAAGUGCUGAGCUCCAGAGCACACUGCACCCAUCCCCCCUCAGGAAACUCAUCAAUGCAAAUUUUGAUAUGGACGCUCUGCUGCCUCAUAUAGCUGCUGAUACUUUGCUACAUCUGCAAAAUGUUAUUCAAGAUACCAUCACCACAGCAGUCAAUUUCUCCAGAGUUGAGAGCCUGCCAGAGGUGGGAAAACCAGAGCCCUGCUCUGAAGAGAAGUGUUGGCAGAACCAAGCUGACUGUUUAGGAGCCUCUAGCUCUGGAAGUCCAGUUAGAUGCAAUUCGGCUCCGACGUCUUCCUCUAGCUCCCCGAGGCUGGUGGUCAAACGACCUCACUCAGGCUCCUUGUCUCCGCUGCAGGUCACCCAGGAGCAGAUCCACUCUUGCCGCAAGCGCUUUCACGAACCUCUCAGUCCCACUCGCCAAGCUAACAAACAUGCAAAGUCGGAAACAGAAGAGAAACCCCAACCUAAAGUGGAGUCCAUUUUCCGUGUUCCCCAAGAUCUGGUGAAUGUGGAGGAUUUUGAUUGUAGUUUGUGCUACCGCUUGAUUUAUCAACCAGUAACUACUCCCUGUGGACACUCCUUCUGUCGCCAAUGUCUAGAUCGGUGCCUGGAUCACAGGAGUGUAUGUCCCUUGUGUAAAAGCUGUCUGGCUGAGUAUCUUGCUGAGCGCAGACAAGCCGUGACUGAGGCUAUACAGACAAUUGUGGAGACGUACUUCCCCAUGGAAAGCAAAGAUAGAAAACAGCUUCAUGAUGAAGAAAUGACAGAGCUGGCCAGGAUGGGUUCAGACAAACUACAGGAGAUUCCCAUUUUUGUGUGUACCCUGGCCUUCCCGUCUUUGCGGUGUCCACUCCACAUAUUUGAGCCUCGUUAUCGACUGAUGAUCCGUCAGUGCAUGGAGUCCGGGACAAGGCAGUUCGGCAUGUGCAUGUCACGCCUUGGCGAAAACAAUGAGGAGACAUUUGCCGACUUUGGGACUAUGCUAGAGAUACGUGAUGUCCAGUUUUUCCCUGAUGGGAGAUCUAUUGUUGAUACGUUAGGAGGGAAGCGGUUUAAAGUGUUGAGUCGAGGAAAUCGAGACGGGUACAACACAGCAAAGAUAGAGUAUUACAAUGACAAUGCUGUGUCAGAGGAAGAAGUCAAGGAACUGAACAAGAUGCAGGAGGAGACAUACAAGGAUGUCCAGCGCUGGCUUAAGCAAUUGCCUGAGGGUCACCAGAGGCGGAUCGAGGAGCACUUUGGGGAGUGCCCCUUACCUGACCCACAGUCUCAUCUGAGCGGGAAUGGACCCAACUGGGUGUGGUGGGCGGUCGCAGUUAUGCCCCUUGAUCCUCAGAUACAGCUAGCCAUGUUGGGGAUGAAGUCAACCCGGGAGCGUCUGCAGGCGCUAAAGCGUGUGCUAAACUACCUGAGGCGGCGUGGGUCGCAAUGACUAUGGUCGAUGAGGAUCUUGGAAGUGGCACUAAUUGGCUUUCUGGGAUGGGCGAUCUUAAGGCUGGGAUGAAGUUUGCAACAGAAUCUGACUCACAGUAAGCAGAAGGAAAAGACUCUUGACUGACAAAACAACAGGUGUCUUAUAUACAGGGUAGUGAUAAACAUCUGACUCAAAAUCAGCAGAGGGAAAGACUUCAGCAGAUAACAGAUUUCCUAUACACAGGGUAGCGAUGAACAUCUGACUCACAAUCAGCAGAGGAAAGACUUCGGCAGAUAAAUUACAUCUGAUCCACACCUAAUCACUCCCCUUGCUCUCCCUCCACGAUUCAGCAGGGGUGAUGGACUUCAUAUUGAGAGAAAAGCUUUUAUGAAGAUCGUGAGAUGGCACACACUUUCAAGUCUUCCUUCUAACAUGCGUUCAAGCUGUUGAAAUCAGGGACAGCAAUCCUAGUUCUUGGGCUGCUUUUGGAAGAUAUCCUAAUGUUAAAAUGCUAAUCUCUGGUCUUAGCUGACUUGGGUUGAUGGUCUAUGUAGUUGGCUCUAACUGUUGACACUGGACAUAGACUCCUCUAACUGUUGACACUGGACAUGGACUCCUCUAACUGUUGACACUGGACAUGGACUCCUCUAACUGUUGACACUGGACAUGGACUCCUCUAACUGUUGACACUGGACAUAGACUCCUCUAACUGUUGACACUGGAC